UUUUUGUUUUGAUGGCAAAACUCAAUGACAGAUGUUUCUGUUACUUUAUGGCCACCAUGAUGGUGCUUCUCUGAAGGGAACCAACAUGGCAUCUCCAUACAAAGCUCUCUAAAGUUAGACACUGUUCUGAAUUACACGCGAAUGAAUAACCACACAGACCUAGAUCUUGGUGAGGUUGUUAAUAUCAAUCCUCUAUCGAUAUCAUAUCCCAGCCUCUUGACUUAAUUUAUUGAAUGAAUGGUUAUGAUUUUUAUUUUUGAUGGAGUGACACUGCAAACCAGCCAUAUGCAGACCUUAAACCUUUAUAAUGUAUGGCCUGACUCUCAUUACAGAACCAAGAAAUGAAUAUACAGGAUAGGCCAUCCUGUGAGGGAGGACAGGUACAGGAAAGAAUUCAGCAGGAAGGGAAUGAUGACAACCCUGUGAGUCCUGAGAAUCAGCAGUCUGAAGAUGAUGAAGAGAAGAUAAAUACAUUGAAAAUGUCACAGGAUCUUAUUAAUCACCUGUUAGCUGCACUGCUAAAUUUUUCGGACCUUCAUGAUGAGUUCUGUUUGGCGUGCAGUGAAGUUGGAAUAGUACAGCUCUUUGUUGAUAUGACUAAAGAUCUCCAAGAUUCAGUUCCAUACCAUGUGAAAUUUGUGAAUCCAAAAACACAGUAUCUCUCCAAGUACACAUCACGUGGCAAAAUGCUCUCUAGGACCCUGGGGAAUCUUCAUAACUUAUCGAAACGUGUGCCGAUAAGGACAAACUUCGCUGCUUCUGAGGCGGUAAAUGUGCUUGUACCUCUUCUCAAAGCUGAAGUUGCAUUUUUCAGUGCUAAGAGCUUGCUUGUGUUAGCCUGCUUGAUCGAUGAAGAGAACAAUCAUCUGAUCAUGGCAGAUGAAGAACCAAUCAAGUUUCUUACAAGCAUUCUGAAAAAAGCCAUUGGAUCAUCCACUCACAGAUAUUUAGGCCUGUCUGCUUCGGAACUUGCUGAAGGACUGACGCAAAUCGCAGUCAAUGAUAACAACAAGAAAACGAUUGCUCAGUGUGGAGCCAUUCCAAUCCUUGUCAAAAUGCUGCAAAAUGCUAAAGGAGAUGAGGAGAAACUGAGUGCGUGCAACACUUUGUGGACCUUGGCGUUUGAUGGGGAUAACAAAAAAGAAAUAAACAACGAUGACUAUGCUAUUUUUGAGCUGAAAAAACUCCUGACGUCAGAGAACAGCCAAAUAAAGCGAGCUGCCGCUGGUGCAUUGUGGGAAUGUGAAGGCAAAGAGAAACAUGCAGAGGAGAAACAACACUCAGACAGACUGCAGCUAGCGACAGACACCAAACACGUAAUGAUAAGUUACCAGUGGGAUGUUCAAACACUUGUGAUUCAGUUAAAAAACAAGCUACAGGCGGACGGCUACAAGGUUUGGAUGGACAUUGAUGAGAUGGGCGGCUCUACACUGGAGAGCAUGGCCAAGGCUGUGGAAAAUGCCAGCGUCGUGUUGGUCUGUGUGUCUCAGAAAUACAAAGAGAGCCCCAACUGCCGGUCAGAAGCAGAGUACACAUUCCAGCUGCAUAAAGACAUCAUUCCGUUGAUGAUGGAAAAUAAAUACAGACCUGACGGAUGGCUUGGCUUUAUAGUGGGCUCCAAAUUCUGGAUUGACUUCAGCGAAAAACAUAAACUGGACAUGAACGCGGACAAGCUCGUGAGGGAACUAGGAGACAGAGGGAAAACCACAGUCCAGGAAACUAUUGUUCAAGCCGCGGUUGAGAAUGUUGUUGAUGCUUCACCCCAGUCCUCUAUAAGAUCCUGGACCCACAGUGAUGUAAAAAGUUGGCUCAAGGAAGUGGGAUUGGAAGAUAGGUUAGAUGCUAAAGCUGUGCAACGGUUAGAUGGUCCGAUGUUGUUGCGGCUGCAAGAUCUAAGAAAAGAAACAAGUCCGGAUUUCUUCUACACGUCAGUAAGAACAGAGUUCAAACUUGGGAGCUUGUUCGAUUUGCUGGAAUUCACAGAUGCGCUGGAUAAACUGGGAGGAUAGUGGUGUGUCGAAUCAUUCGUCGGCGUACUAGCAUUGGAGCUAAAUGCAACCAGCAAGGUCACUUCUUCUGGAAGCAGCAGCCAAUGUGGAGUAAAUACACC